AUGGAGCUUUCAAACAAACUCCGUUGGGACCAAUUCCUGAUUUUGGCAGCAGCGCUUAUGUCACCUGCAUUAACGGUGCUGUGCAAUGAUAUCCUCAGCCUGAAGGUGGCGGGAGAUCCAGUUUUAACCCCUCACUCUGUGUGUCUGAGGCUGGCAGGCCUCAGUAAACGUCAGAUGCGGAUGUGUGUGCGGAACCCUGAUGUGACAGCGUCUGCUCUGCAGGGCAUCCAGGUGGCCAUCCAUGAAUGCCAGCACCAGCUCCGUGACCAGCGCUGGAACUGUUCCUCACUGGAGGGCUUUGGCAAGCUGCCCCACCACACCACCAUCCUCAACAGGGGUUUUCGCGAGAGUGCCUUCUCCCUGGCUCUGCUAGCAGCGGGUGUGGCCCACUCUGUGGCCUCAGCCUGCAGCAUGGGCAAGUUGCGGGGGUGUGGUUGUGAAGCCAAGCGUCGCCAGGACGAUGACAAGAUCCGGCUGAAACUCACACAGCUGCAGCUGCAGACGCUGCAGAAGGGCGGGGUUGGCAUCGACAUGACGAGAUCAUUACCCUCGGAGCUAAAUGGGCACCAUGGCAGCCUGCCCGGCAACCUGCCCACCAGCCUGCGGUCUGCCCACCCUUCUGCCUUACUCAAGCCUAUAUCGGAUGAGUUAAGCUCUAUGCAGGACACCUGGGAGUGGGGGGGUUGCAGUCAUGACCUGCGUUUUGGAGACCGUUUCUCAAGAGACUGGCUUGACUCCCGGGGGUCUCCGAGAGAUAUCCACGCUCGCAUGAAGAUACACAACAACCGUGUGGGGCGGCAGAUCGUGACCGACAACAUGACGAGGAAGUGCAAAUGUCACGGCACAUCAGGGAGCUGUCAGUUCAAGACCUGUUGGCAUGUGUCCCCAGAGUUCCGCCUCGUGGGAUCGUUGCUUAAGGAAAAGUUCUUGUCAGCCAUCUUUGUCAACUCCCAGAACAAGAACAAUGGUGUUUUCAACCCCCGAUCAGAAAACAGUGCCAGUGGAAGCUCCGGGGGGUUCAGCGGAGGGCGUCGGCGAAGCGUGUCCAGAGAGCUCGUGUACUUCGAGAAGUCCCCUGAUUUCUGCGAGCACGAUCCAUUGCUCGAUUCUCCAGGUACGCAAGGACGCAUCUGCAACAAGACUAGCUACAGCACAGACAGCUGCAGCUCGCUGUGCUGCGGCCGCGGACACAACAUCCUGAAACAGACGCGCAGCGAGCGCUGCAAUUGCAGAUUUCACUGGUGUUGCUACGUGCUGUGCGAGGAGUGCCGUCUCACAGAGUGGGUCAACGUGUGCAAGUAGAGUUUAGAUGUUUCGUUCCUAGAUGCUUUUACUCGUCCAGGACUCAAGAUGGCGAGCCUGUCCCUUCGCCCACUCAUGUUGUCCAGACUUUUGUUUUUCCCCUUGUGCAACUCU